GAGCAGCUAUGGUGAAGCUGGGCAGCAAUCUGUCAGAUAAGCUGGAGAAGCAGCCAUCUGUGGACGAUGGCUUUGAUAACAUUCCCCUCAUCACACCCCUGGAGGUCAACCAGCUCCAGCAGUCAUUCGCAGACAAGGUCAUUGUGAAGACGUCGACACAGUACCAGCUGCAGCAGCAGAAGAAGAACAAGCUGUAUGUUCCCAACAUUAAGAAGCUGAAUAUCAACUUCUACAGUGAUGUUUCUGAGAAGGCCAAGAUCACAGGUCUGAUCCUCAUCACUUUGGCCUUCUUGACCAGCCUGCUCCUCCUGCUCAUGUACAAAACCAUGUGGUACGACCAACUUACCUGUCCAGAGGGUUUCAUCCUUAAGCAGAAGCACUGCACCCCUGCAGCUCUGGAGAUGUACUACACAGAGCAGCAGCAGCAGCAGCAGCAGCAGGAGCCCGGCGUCCACGGCAGCACCAACACCGGGCUGUACGCCGCUCUCAGCCACCUCAACCAGGUCAAGAGGACUGAGCCUGAGCUGCCGUCGCCAUGGUUACCAGUCAUCAGCGCUCUGAAGGAGGCCGAGGUGGCCAAACAAGGCAGCGAGUCGCUGAAAGGAGCGCUGGAGGGAGAAAAGUGA